AUGUCAACUGAUGGCAGAACAGAUAAGGCGGUGUGGACACCUGACACGGGGCUGGAACAACUAUUCACCGCCAUAUAUCCCAAUCCUUCAAGUCUACACAAUAGAAAUGUUGCAGUUAUGAUCUAUGCAGAUGGUUCUGAAACGCCGGCUCCUGUAUUCGCUUAUAAAGCCUUUAAGAACGCUGUCCUCGGCACUCCUGCCGAGGUUGACGAAGAUAGAGAACUCACUAUUCCAAUCAAGACGCUAAAUAGCACCUACCAACGAAGCGACAAUCUUUUGAAACAGCUGGAAAAGGCUAGAUCAGAGACCAACGAGAAAGUUCAGUCGCAAGAACCAUUCCCGCUCCCCAAAGCACAGCCCAUGGCGUCACCUACGAAAAGUAUUCUACAUACACCAGGCACUGCCCAUGCGAGGAGAAAAACAGUGUCAUUUGGUGAAAGUGUUGUCGACAACGAACGCAAGCGAUCCACCUCAGAUACUGUGCUUAAGAAAGACAUCCUCUCUGGAAAUAUCAGCCGCCAAUGGCCGGCUCCCACUUCAGACUUGUCGAAAAGAAACAGAAGCAAAUUAACCCAGUCAUUAAUAGAUGCACGAGAGCAGAAAUCAAUUGAAAAUGAUGAUGAUUUGUUUGACAUUACUAGCGAAAAACCAACCAUGUCUCCUGAGAAAGUCGUGCCAGCCGAGAAUCAGCCAGGGGCCCCUAUGGAAGAAUCCGAAGAUGACUUUACUACGAAUCUCAAUGAACCACACUCGCAAUCGGGAAAGUACUGGAAAUCCGAGUACGAUAGCUACAGGGCCAAAUCUGACCGCGAGAUCAAGAAGUUGAUUAAGUACCGCCUAUUAGAAAGAUCAUUCGCAUUGAAAAGUGGAACAGAGGUUCUUCGAUUAACAGAAAGAUUAAAACAAGAAGAGGAAAAAGUAAAAGAAAUGGAGCGUUCUCUAGCGGAGCUGGCGGCUGGGAUGGCUGGGAAAAUCAAUAAUGGAGUUCCUGAGAACGAGGAUAUGGUCAAAGAGCUAUGUCAACGGACUGCAUUAACUUUGAAGCACAAGCAUAAAGCUGCUAGCUUGCGAAAAACGCUUGAACGUCACGGGAUAUUGGACAGCGACGAAAGUGCUACUGACAAUGAACUACAACAAGACAUCGCACAUCAGCUUCGCAAAGCGCAGGAAGAGCUGGGUAAAUUAAAAGCCGAAAAUCGACCAUCGGAUUUCAAAAAGUUAAAGGCAAUGGCAGAUGCUUCGGAAAAAAAGGCAGCCGAGCUUGAGAAAGAAAAUGCAUCCUUGAAACGUGAUCUUGCUCGAGUCAAAAAAGAAAUAUCUACCUACGAAGAGAGGCGAAAAGCGAAAGAGGAAAGAUUAGGCCGGCGACAGAAAACUUUGGAGGCAAGAGUGCAGCAAUAUAGUGAACGUUUGAGAGACUCAUCCAAGGCACAUCAUGGUGCCCAAGAAACCCUUCAAAAGGCAUUUGAGGCAGAAAAGACCCAAAUGCUGGAUACAAUUAAGUCUCUGAAAAGCAAGUUAGCUGUUAUGGAUAAAAACUCCCUCGUGCAACCCCAUUUUUCUACGGGCCAAUCUGAAGCCCCUCGACACUCCUCUUCUGCUUCUAAGGAAGAAAUCGAUACGGUCUGCGCUACUAAGGAGCCGUUACCUAACAAGCAUUUCUCUAGGGACAACUGUUUACCGACUAAUGCUAAAAGAGGUAGAAGUUCGAAAAGGGAGCAAGCGAAAGACGGCGAAAAUAUCAAAACACGAGGGACGAAUAAGCCAUCUCCACUACCUUCGGAAAAUCGGUUAAAUCCCACUUCUAAAGUAGGAAUACUUGUUGAGGAUGACGACCUUUCUCCACCAAACACUGUCAAGCGCCGCCAAAACAAUAUAGAUCUCUUAACGUCAGCAAAGCUGUCUCAACUACAUCGCUCUCGCUCAGUCUCACCUAAAAAGUUGGUACCAGCUACGGAUUCUAUUGUCACCAGCCUUUCCCCAAAACCAUCAAUGAUAUACCUGGAGGUUUCCCAAGCUCAACCACAACCUAAGCCUAUGGAUGCCAACCCUCCCCGAAAGAUGUCCAGCAAAUCGUCUGGAUUAAAUCGCCCACUCUCGCUUGUCCCAGACAGCUUCAUACCUACCGGUGCCGCGGCGGAGAAGCUAAAGUCUAUGUCGCCAGAGCGCAUUGCAGCUGCACAAGCGCGACUUCAACGGAAAAGCGAGGAUGCAAUAAAGGAUAGACCCCGCGGGAAAGAAAAUGUGUGGGCAGCCGCCUAA